AUGCUUUUCCACGUUUUACGCUCUCUUACAUUCGAGGACAACGCCUCCCUCGCCCGUCGAAAAUGGGAGUUCCAUGAACAGGUCCCUCUAUUAGGGUCCGACCGGUCGCUCUUUAUUGCCAUGGGUGUCAUUGCCCUUCUCUCCUUGGUGUCCUCUCUUUUCCUACUUUGCUUUUUGACCUAUCGAUUCGUAUACUGGCAACGCUACUACAAAAACCCACUCGCGAAGAAUCAAUACGUCGUCCUCAUUUACAACUUACUUCUUGUCGACUUACAACAAGCCAUUGCUUUCCUGAUUUGUCUCUAUUGGGUCUCACGGGGUAGCGUUCACUACGGGGAGGCGGCGUGCUAUCUGCAAGGAUGGUGGAUCAUGACAGCUGAUCCCGGCAGUGGAUUAUUUGUUCUGGCCAUUGCCUUGCACACGGGUGCAAUCGUUAUGCGUGGUCGCCAACUCUCAUUCCGUGUUUUUUCUUGGUGUGUCGUUGGAUUGUGGGCCUUCAUUCUGGCUCUGGGAUUCAUUCCCGUCGGCCUCUAUGGUGAGAAAGUGUUUGUGGUUUCUGAGGCCAAUUGGUGCUGGCUGAGCCCCCAGUAUGAGAACGAGCGUCUCUGGGGCCAUUACAUCUGGAUUUUCAUUUCCGAAUUCGGUACCGUUGCGCUCUACGCCGUUAUGUUCUUCUAUCUCCGCCGGCGUAUGAAUCAAGCGAAGAUUCUCCGCCGUGGCCAACAAGAAAGUUGGGAGCGUCUCAACCGUGUCGUCAUCUACAUGGUUGUCUACCCACUGCUGUAUCUGAUCCUGUCGCUCCCUCUUGCUGCUGGUCGCAUGGCCACAGCAAGGGGUGAUGCGCCCAGCAAAACAUACUUCGGUGUUGCUGGUUGCCUGAUGGCGCUGUCUGGGUUCUUCGAUGUGAUGGUGUAUACAUUGACACGCCGUCAUCUGCUGCUCGACACCGAACAUAGCACCACCGACCACAAUUACGACAACAACACCGACUCACAAUGGCAAACCAACAUCACGACUGAAGGCGGCUCUAAGCCGCGCAAAUUCCGCAGCAAAGGAUCCCGACUCGGCUCCCGGUUCCAAAAGAGUGGAAACCAUGUCGAUGUCAAGGCAACCAGCCCGUUCGAGGACUCGACCGAUGACAUCGUCAAUAAAAAUGACAUGGAAAUGUCCAACUUUGGCGGUGUGUAUCAAGAAACUACGAUUGAAAUUUCGCACGAGCCCGUCUCUGCAUAUGAAUCUGAUGAGCACGCCGAGCGCGAGCAGGAACAUGAGCACGAACGUCGACACUCUUAG